GGGCUCCGCCUCGGGCACCGCCCCCUGUCCGGCUCCCCGCUCCCAUUGUCUCGCCAGAUGCCGCCUGGUCCGGCAAUCGUGCUCGGCGUUCAGUUUUCUGGGGUCGCGCUCUUUCUCUGGCCCGCGGAGCGGUCCCGCCGCCGAGAACCAAAAUCCUGAGUUUGGGCGGCUCUUCUUUCCUCCUCAGGAGCCACUUUGCUGUCCCAGGACGGCUGCAGCUAUGUCCGCGCUGCGACCGCUCCUGCUUCUGCUGCUGCCUCUGUGUCCCGGUCCUGGCCCUGGACCCGGGAGUGAGGCAAAGGUCACCCGGAGUUGUGCAGAGACCCGGCAGGUGCUGGGGGCCCGGGGAUAUAGCUUAAACCUAAUCCCUCCCGCUCUGAUCUCAGGUGAGCACCUCCGGGUCUGUCCCCAGGAGUACACCUGCUGUUCCAGCGAGACAGAGCAGAGACUGAUCAGGGAGACUGAGGCCACCUUCCGAGGCCUGGUGGAGGACAGCGGCUCCUUCCUGGUCCACACACUGGCUGCCCGGCACAGAAAAUUUGAUGAGUUUUUUCUGGAGAUGCUCUCGGUAGCCCAGCACUCCCUGACCCAGCUCUUCUCCCACUCCUACGGCCGUCUGUAUGCCCAGCACGCCCUCAUGUUCAAUGGCCUGUUCUCUCGGCUGCGGGACUUCUAUGGGGAGUCUGGUGAGGGGUUGGAUGACAUCUUGGCGGAUUUCUGGGCGCAGCUCCUGGAGAGGGUGUUCCCUCUGCUGCACCCACAGUACAGCUUCCCCCCGGACUACCUGCUCUGCCUCUCGCGCCUCGCCUCGUCUGCCGAUGGCUCUCUGCAGCCCUUCGGGGACUCACCCCGCCGCCUCCGCCUGCAGAUAACUCGGACCCUGGUGGCUGCCCGGGCCUUUGUCCAGGGCCUGGAGACUGGAAGAAAUGUGGUCCUCGAAGCGCUCAAGGUGCCCAUGUUUGAAGGCUGCAGCCGGGCUCUGAUGCGUCUGAUCGGCUGCCCCCUGUGUCGAGGGGUCCCCUCCCUUCUGCCCUGCCGGGGUUUCUGCCUCAACGUGGUCCGUGGCUGUCUCAGCAGCAGGGGACUGGAGCCUGAUUGGGGCAGCUAUCUGGAUGGUCUCCUGCUCCUGGCUGAGAAGCUGCAGGGCCCCUUUUCCUUUGAGCUGGCGGCUGAGUCCAUUGGGGUGAAGAUCUCAGAGGGCUUGAUGUACCUGCAGGAAAACAGUGGGAAGGUGUCCACCCAGGUGUUUCAGGAGUGCGAUGAGGACGCCAGUGGCUCAGGAGGGGGGCAGCAGUAUGCAGAUGACUGGAUGGCGGGGGCAGCAGCUGUGGCCCCCCCAGUCCGCCCUCCUCGGCCUCCGCACCCUCCUCGAAGGGAUGGUUCUGGGGGCAAAGGAGGAGGUGGUGGUGCCCGCUACAACCAGGGCCGGAGCAGGAGUGGGCGGGCAUCUGUUGGUUUUCACACCCAGCCCAUCCUCAUUCUCUUCCUCUCAGCCCUGGCCCUACUUGGACCUCGAUGA